AUGUGGAAAUAAUUCAAAAAUAUCAUUUUAGAUUAAAGAGUAGCUUCCAAGUAUACUGAAAUUCAGAAUGCAAAAUUGUUCAUUUCUAAUUCAAUCGAAUUCAACUUCAAUAUCACACAUGAUGUUAAUGCCAUUUCGAAAUUUAGUUAUGUUUAAGCAAGAGCAAAAUAUGCAAAAAAUCCAAUAUUGAUCAUAGGUAAGUCACAUCCAAUUUAGAAUUCGUUCACAUUGUUUGAAUAUACAACUCUCUAUCCUCAAUUACUUGGACUAUAUCACAACAAGAUCCACACUGAGAUCAAUGGAAUUGAAUAAUCAUUAUUACAAAAGGGAAUCAAUAUUGCCCUCUCGGAUGAUCCUCAUUAAAUUAGUGGAAUAUAUGUUGUCGGUUUGGAGAAGAAUUGGGAGAUCUAAGCUCAAGUUAUAUGUGAUCUUUUGAGCACAGAAAAUGGACUCAUUAAUGACAAAUUUCAUUAAGUGGAUCAACACAUUCCUCUUGAAUACUUUUACAAUGUUGGAGAUAAGAAUAUGGAAAAUCAAUAAUUGGCAAUAGAAUCGACUUAUAAACUCAUAUAUGGUUAAGAUGUCAAGAUGUCUAGAGUAAUUUCGGACUUUGAUAUACUCAUCGACUAUGCAAAAUCCAUCAAAGAUACUCUUCUCUAUAUAAGUGAGGAUUCCAGCUUCAUCGUUAAUGAAAAAUAAAUAGAGAAAAUAUGA